AUGCGCUACGACAAUUGGGAUGUGAUCCUGUUCCCCAAAGAUUCACAUGUUCCCAUACAGGAGUUCAAGACGGCUUGCUACGUCUCUUCAGAAGAGUAUGGGCGCCAGCUGCCUACACUGACUUGCUACAUCAACUCUCUGCCGCCAUCGACACCAUUUCGUAUCUCAGUCCACUCAUGGGGUGAUGCGUCGAAAGCCUCGGCGCUUAUUGAGUCUCAGCGCAAAGGCAACCAGAAGACUGUCUUCGCGGUUCAGGUCAUCAUCGACGGUGCCAGAGUCUUCCGCGGUUUCUUCGACCUGGCUUCAAAAUGGCCCCAGGAGAUUUCACACGAGAAAAGGUCACUCACCUUCAAUGAGCCUCCCUCCACUCAUCGAAAACAGUGCCUCGAGUUUCCUCCAUUUCAUAAGCACACGCUGAUGCAGAAUUUGUGGGACUCUCGCGAUCUACAUGGGCGCAUAAGAGUCGUGCUGUCAGAACAGCUAAUCAGCAAGACGUCGAGUCCUGGAGACUUGGACCUUGAUGUUUUAGAGCAGGCUGGAAUCUCGUGGCCGAUACGGAACCCUCUUUACCUCCCCAAUGCGUUCAAUCGGGACAAGCAACAUCCUCAGACCUCUCCAGCGACUUCAUGGACCCCCAAUACCCGCACAUUUGCAGGAGACAAUCAUGCCCAGACACCGCCAUCACCUCGUGCACAGCCCAUAUUUGCCAAGUCACACGAGAAUGAACCCAAGCGGCGAUCUAAUGCACAUUUGCCGCCUAUAUCACAAUUCUCGAGACAUCCCAUGGUGUCGAUGAACAACAGUCGCGCAGGCAUGUGGGACGAUGCCUUUGGUAUGCUCGGUAAUGGCGCCGACGAUAUGAACACGGACAAUUGGGCGACAAAGAGGGGAACACCUGGGUCGUGCGAUUAUUCCAUGCCGGAUUAUAUGUAUACUUCACAUCACUCGACUAAUGGCUCGCCAUGGAUGGAGAACAUGACCCGGUUCGGUCAGAGCGAGAGCACAGGAUGGAAUGAUCGUCCAAGAAAGGAAAAAGAGAAGCAGGUCAUCGUCACGCUUCGAGAGGACCAGCUAGGGCAGAUAAUCGAAGCUAUAAGCCCACCAAAGCGACACCGGGAGAUUCCGCGGGCUUUCGACGCUCAGUACCACGAAAAUGACAGCCAUUCUCACAGCUACCAUCAGGCGAAAUAUGGGGCUGCUCCACUGACCAGCCGUCCGUCUUCCGCAUCACUAGGUCGCAAAUGGAUGCAUCCGGACUCCAACAGCGCUUUACGAAACAGCACGAAUAAAGUGUCAUUUCAAAAGAAUUACGGACAAGACGAAGGGAAGGACAGGAUGCCCAUGACGCAGCGUUCAUCAACUUUAAUCCACAAAGAGAAUAAUGUCGCUUCACAACUGCGAUUACCCACGCCCUUCCCAUACGCCAAUCGUGUCCCAACACCGAAUCCCUUUGUGCAGAGGCAAUCAACAGCUGCUUCAGAGAUGUCCAUGAGAGACCCUUCCUCAAUCCAGCCAACAAUGUAUCGUUUUAGCCGAAGUGAAGCGCCGCCGCCGACCACUGAGCCCAGCAAAUUUGGCUCAGCCCACGGACCCUCUACUGUCAACGUGAGGAGCAGAAAAGAAGGCCUGGCUUCAGAUUCGCCAAAGCUUACUGAUAAAGCGACUCGCCACGAUCAGAGUCUCUUGCCAACAGUCAGUCCCGACGCAGGACUAGCACAGAGUUCCACAUGCAAAGACCAGAGCCGAUUCACUCAUGGCAAAAAAGGCAUCCCCGACCUGGUGGAAAUCAUCGAUGUCGAUGCCAUUGACCCAAGCCUAGAUAGCAACAUGGCCAUGGACAAUACCAAGCUUUCCCCAUUCAAAUCCAGCCACAAGUCGGGCGCCUCGGUAUCCAGCAUCGACAGCACCGUCCGCCUGGAGCGCCAGCUCUUCAGUGCCCUGGGAGAAGAACUCGGUAGCUUCGACCACCAUCACCGCAUCGACACCACAGGCAUGGGCCCAGAGCUCGCACAAGCAUUGGGUGGCGGCACUGUCGGUGCUGGAGGAAACCCGCAUUCCGAAGUCAGUGCCUCGACGACUACGCUGAACCCGGCUGCAAGCGACUUUGAGCCGUCGAUCAAGCGCAAACGACAGGGCACCCUGGGCGGCGAGCGAGACGCAAGUCCGAUGAGUAUUAUUACAAUUAUGGUUUUUGGAAGGGUUUGUUUUUCUUCUACUUGGUGA